UUCCUGUAGGCAGCAGGCAGGCAGUCAACAGAACAGAGACAUUUUGUCUUCCAGCACUCAACUCAAAACCCUUUUUGUUUUAUCAAACCCUCCCUGGACCCCAGGCUAUAGUGGGGUUUCUAGGCUAUACUGUACUAUUCCCUCUAGCGGUCGUGAUGUUCUUUCUACCUUGAGUCUUCUUCCUGCUUGGAGGGAGGAAGGGAGAAAAGAAGGGACGUGGGCUGGCAGCUGGUCUGUGACAGUCAGACAGGCUGAGAGAGAGAGAGAGAGAGAGAGAGAGAGAGAGAGAGAGAGAGAGAGAGAGAGCCAGAGCCAGAGCCAGAGCUGGAAGACAGACAAUUAACAGAAGAGGAGAGCAGACCAAACAAGCUUCUUAAACCGGACGGGGGGCAUUGAAGAGGUGUUGCUAUACCCGUCUCCUGGACUCUGUGUUUGGUCUCGUUUCGAGAGGCACUCCGAGCAGGCUGGUCCCAGGCAGGGGGCACCGUCUCCCAGGCCUUGUGUUUGGGCCCGUUUUGAGAGGCACUCCGAGCAGGCUGGUCCCAGGCAGGGGGCACCAUGUCCGGGGCCUCUGUGAAGGUGGCGGUGCGGGUCCGUCCCUUCAACUCCAGAGAGAUGGGGAAGGACAGCAAAUGCAUCAUCCAGAUGUCAGGAAACACAACCACCAUCCUGAACCCCAAGCAGCCUAAAGAGAAUAAGAGCUUCAACUUUGAUUACUCCUACUGGUCACAUACCUCGCCCGAGGACAUCAACUUUGCUGGCCAGCAGCAGGUGUACAAGGACAUUGGUGAGGAGAUGCUGCUCCAUGCCUUCGAGGGAUACAACGUCUGUAUCUUUGCCUAUGGCCAGACCGGAUCUGGGAAGUCCUACACCAUGAUGGGCAAGCCGGACUUGAAGAACCAGGAAGGAAUCAUCCCUCUGAUGUGUGAAGACCUUUUCACCAAGUUCAACGACUGUAAUAAUGACAGCACCAAGUCUUACUCUGUGGAGGUGAGCUAUAUGGAAAUCUACUGUGAGCGUGUGCGUGACCUCCUGAACCCUAAGAAUAAGGGGAACCUGCGUGUGAGGGAACACCCCCUGAUGGGGCCCUACGUAGAGGACCUGUCCAAGCUGGCCGUCACCUCCUACAACGACAUCCAGGACCUCAUGGACUCUGGAAACAAGGCCAGGACGGUGGCCGCCACCAACAUGAACGAAACCAGCAGUCGCUCCCACGCCGUGUUCAACAUUAUCUUCACCCAGAAACGCCUCGACGCUGAGACUGAUAACACCUCAGAGAAGGUCAGCAAAAUCAGCCUGGUGGAUUUGGCCGGCAGCGAGAGGGCCGACUCCACAGGCGCCAAGGGGACCAGGCUCAAGGAAGGAGCGAACAUCAACAAAUCACUGACCACUCUGGGGAAAGUAAUCUCUGCUUUGGCCGAAGUGGAUUCUGCACAAAAUAAGAACAAGAAGAAAAAGAAAGUGGAGAGUCACAUCCCUUACAGAGAUUCUGUGUUGACCUGGCUACUGAGAGAGAACUUAGGGGGAAACUCUCGUACUGCCAUGGUUGCUGCUCUCAGUCCAGCUGACAUCAACUAUGACGAGACUCUCAGCACACUCAGGUACGCAGACCGAGCCAAACAGAUUCGCUGUAAUGCUGUGAUCAACGAGGACCCGAACAAUCGAUUGGUUCGUGAGCUGAAGGAGGAGGUGGGCCGUCUGAGAGACUUGCUCCUAUCCCAGGGCUUGGGAGACAUCCUUGAGACGUACAAGGGGCCAGCUCUUGGCACUGAUGUUGCUGGUUUGAAAUCGUACAAGGGGCCUCCCGGCACGGACGUUGCUGGUUUGAAAUACCUAUCCGAUUUCAAGAACAAUAACAAUAAUCGCCAAGCUGUCAAUCAAAAGGAUGAUCUCUCCACAGUGACCAAUGCCAUGACGGGGAUGAGCCCCUCCCCCUCUCUGUCCGCCCUGUCCAGUCGAGCCGGGUCCAUCGCCAGCCUCCACGACCGCAUCAUGUUCAGCCCCGGAAGCGAGGAGGCCAUCGAGAGACUCAAGGAAACAGAGAAGAUCAUUGCUGAGCUCAACGAGACCUGGGAGGAGAAACUGCGCAGAACAGAAGCCAUCAGAAUGGAAAGAGAGGCCCUGCUGGCUGAGAUGGGUGUGGCCAUGAGGGAAGACGGAGGAACCGUGGGCGUGUUCUCCCCCAAGAAGACUCCUCACCUGGUGAACCUCAACGAGGACCCCCUGAUGUCAGAGUGCCUGCUGUACUACAUCAAAGAUGGCGACACCAAGGUCGGUCGUGUGGACGCCAGCAGCAGGCAGGACAUUGUCCUCAGUGGUCACUUCAUCAAGGACGAACACUGUACAUUUACCUCUACAACGGGACCCAUUGGAGAAGCAGUCACCCUGGAGCCCUGUGAGGGAGCUGAGACCUACGUCAAUGGGAAGAGGGUCACCGAGGCUACAGUCCUCAAAUCAGGGAACCGUAUUAUUCUGGGUAAGAGCCACGUGUUCCGGUUCAACCACCCAGAGCAGGCGCGCCAGGAGCGGGAGAAGACGCCCUGCGCUGAGACCCCUGUGGAGCCGGUGGACUGGGCCUUCGCACAGAGAGAAUUGCUGGACAAACAGGGCAUCGACAUGAAGCAGGAGAUGGACCAGAGGCUGCAGGAGCUGGAAGACCAGUACCGUAAAGAGAGAGAAGAGACACACAACCUGCUGGAACAGCAGAGGAUGGAUUAUGAGAGCAAGCUGGAAGCCCUUCAGAAACAGGUGGACCGAUAUUACCCUGAGGUAGUAGGAGAGGAAGAAGAGGAGCCUGAGGAGGAAGUGCAGUGGACGGAGAGGGAGGCGGAGCUAGCCCUGUGGGGUUUCAGGAAGUGGCGCUGUUACCAGUUCACCUCCCUCAGAGACCAGCUGUGGGGAAACGCCAUCUUCCUCAAGGAGGCUAACGCCAUCAGCGUGGAACUCAAGAAGAAGGUCCAGUUCCAGUUUGUGCUGCUGACCGACACCCUGUACUCCCCCCUGCCCACUGACCUGCUGCCCCCUGAGGCAGCCAAGGACAGAGCGACCCGCCCGUUCCCCAGGACCAUCGUAGCUGUGGAGGUUCAGGACCAUAAGAAUGGGGCCACCCACUGCUGGACCCUGGAGAAACUCAGGCAGCGUCUGGACCUGAUGAGAGAGAUGUAUGACAGAGCAGCAGAGGUUCCCAACAGCACCAUAGAAGACUGUGAGAACGUUAUGACUGGAGGAGACCCCUUCUACGACCGCUUCCCCUGGUUCCGUCUGGUCGGCAGCAACCCCCUUUUCAACGUGUGCAUGAGCGAGAGCAUGAGUGAUCCCACUCCCUCCCCCACUCCUUCUCCCACCCUCUCCACCUCCGAGCUAACUGAGCUGGCCGACACUCGGCCGGAGGGGCGAGGAGGGGAGGAGGAGUUGGAGGCUUUGGGGGAUCUGGACGAUGAUAUCUUUUUGGACGACCCGUUCUCGGAGCUCGAUGAUGAUGAUGAUGAUGAUGAUGAUGAUGAGGGAGAGCUGUGCCGAGGCGGCUCCAGCGAAGGCCUGGAUCCCUUUUAUGACCGCUCUCCGUUAUUCAGUGUAGUGGGAAGAGCCUUUGUGUACCUGAGUAACCUGCUGUACCCUGUGCCCCUGGUCCAUCGUGUGGCCGUCAUCAGUGAGAAGGGAGAGGUCAAAGGAUUUCUCCGGGUGGCUGUACAGGCAAUCUCAGGUGUUUUGUGUUUCCCUCCAGCUGAUGAGGAGGCACCGGACUACGGAUCCGGUGUCCGUCAGUCUGGCACCGCCAAGAUCUCCUUCGAGGACCGGGAGUUUGAGAAGUUCCAGGCUGAGUCGUGCCCCACUGGUCUAUCCCAUACCGGGGAGUCCCAGGAAGAGCUGCGUUUCGUGGAAGGGGAGGGACAGAACUCAGGGAUGGAACCCUCGGCCGAUGAGGUCAACAACAACAAUUGUGCGGCCAGUCCAGAUGAGUUGGAGAGCCCCCUGAAGACCAACCUGGAGGGCGGAGCUCUGGACGGAGCCCUAGAACACCUGAGAAUAGGUAACAUCUUCACCUUCAGAGUGACGGUCCUCCAGGCCUCCAGCAUCUCCGCAGAGUACGCUGACAUCUUCUGCCAGUUCAAUUUCAUCCACUGUCACGAUGAGGCCUUUUCCACAGAGCCUCUGAAGAACACAGGGCGAGGCCCUCCUCUGGGCUUCUACCACGUACAGAACAUUGCUGUAGAGGUCACCAAAUCCUUUGUGGACUAUAUCAAGACCCAGCCUGUGGUGUUUGAGGUGUUUGGUCACUACCAGAAACAGCCCUUCCCUGCUCUGUGCAAGGACCUGAUCAGCAGCCCUCUGCGUCCCUGCAGAAGGCAGUUCCCCAAAGUCAUGCCCCUGUCCAAACCAGUCCCUGCCACCAAGCUGACUACCCUGAUGCGCCCUACAGCCGGGCCCUGCCACUGCAAGUAUGACCUCAUGGUGUUCUUUGAGAUCUGCGAACUGGAGGCCAGUGGAGACUACGUCCCAGCAGGAGUGGACCACAGAGGAGGCAUGCCUUGCCAUGGGACAUUCAUGCUGCACCAGGGUAUCCAGAGGCGCGUCACUGUGACCAUCGUUCACGAGACAGGUGGAGACAUCAAGUGGAAGGAUGUCCGGGAACUGGUUGUGGGUCGUAUCCGCAACUCACCCGAGGGGGACGAUGCCAUCAUAGACCCCAACAUCCUGUCACUCAACAUCCUGUCGGCUGGGCAUGUCAAGCCCAUGCAGGAGGACAGACAGUUUCUUGAUUCGGACAUGCCUAGGACAUUCUAUCGCUUCGAGGCUGCCUGGGACAGCGCCAUGCAUAACUCCCUCCUCCUGAACCGGGUCACUCCUUACGGAGAAAAGAUCUACAUGACCUUGUCGGCCUACCUAGAGAUGGAGAACUGCACCCAGCCAACAGUCAUAACCAAAGAUUUCUGCAUGGUGUUCUACUCUCGAGACGCUAAACUCCCGGCCUCCCGCUCCAUCCGAAACCUGUUUGGCACAGGAAGCCUGAGGGCAGUGGAGGGUAACCGGGUGACAGGUGUGUACGAGGUCAGCCUAUGUCACCUGGCCGAUCAUGGGAGUCCAGGUAUGCAGAGGAGACGUCGACGGGUGCUGGACACCUCGGUGGCGUACGUCCGCGGGGAGGAGAACCUGGCUGGGUGGAGGCCUCGCAGUGACAGCCUCAUCCUGGACCACCAGUGGGAGCUGGAGAAACUCAGCCUUCUGCAGGAGGUGGAGAAGACGAGACACCGUCUGCUCCUGAGGGAGAAGUUAGAGUCCACCCUGCUGCUGGGCCAGGAGGGGUUGUUGUCCUGUGUAGCUGAGGAGCAGAGUGAGUCCCCUCAACCCUCUGAGGGUCUCAGCCUCAGUCCCACUGUUGAUGCCCCCAAUGAGAGGCAGAGGGAGCUCGCCAUUAAGUGUCUUCGGCUGCUCUCCCACUCCUUCAACAGAGAGUACAGCCACGUGUGUGUCAGCGCCAGUGAAAGCAAGCUGUCUGAGAUGUCAGUGACUCUGCUGAGGGAGUCGACCUCUGCCACGGCCCUCAACACCCUCACCCCCUCCUCGACAUGCCCCUCACUGGUGGAGGGAUGCUACCCCAAGUCCGAAGGGCUCAGAACACCCACGCCUCGUUCCCGCUGCGCCAGUCCCAACCCUGACUGCUCACAACGGGACAGUGAGGUCAAGAUGUCCCCUGGCCCCAGUGGGGUCGCACCCCCGGAGGUUAAGCCCAGGGAACGCCGCUUCGUACCAGACAUCCAGGAGAUCCGGGUCAGCCCCAUCGUGUCAAAGAAGGGCUACCUGCAUUUCCUGGAGCCUCAUAGCAACGGCUGGGUGAAGCGCUAUGUAGUGGUGAGACGUCCAUACGUCUAUAUCUACAAUACAGAGAGAGACAGCGUGGAGAGAGCCAUCCUCAACCUCUCCUCUGCCCAUGUCGAGUACAGCGAGGACCAGCAGGCCAUGCUGAAGACACCAAACGCGUUUGCUGUGUGCACUGAGCACCGCGGGAUACUGCUCCAAGCCAGCAACGACAAGGAGAUGCACGACUGGCUCUAUGCAUUUAACCCUCUCCUGGCUGGAUCCAUCAGAUCCAAACUAUCCAGAAGAAGAGCUGGACAGAUGAGGAUGUGAAUCAACACGUCUCAUAGACAAGACAAUAGAACACCAAAAGACUAGCCUGUAUAUCGACUCCAGACGUAAUACUCCUUUCCCUCCUGUGCUGACCCCUUAACCCUCCUCCUCCUCUUCCUACACUAGUAACCGACUUGCUCCUCCUCCUCCUCCUGCACAUGCCCAGUUUAUCCCAAGCUGACCACCAGCGUAUCUAAGGCCCUGAGGCCUCCGUCAUCGUUGUGUGUCUGUCAGGCCUGUACCGCUGUCUGUCUGUGUUGGCCUUAUUGUCUGGUUUAACCCCUCUCCAAGUCUGAGGCCCAAAUACCACCCUAUUCCCUAUAUAGUGCAUUGCUUUUGACCAGGGCCUAUAGUGCUGGUCAUAUCUACUGUAAGAAGGGCCUAUAGUGCUGGUCAUAUCUACUGUAAGAAGAGCUUAUAGUGCUGGUCAUAGCUACUGUAAGAAGGGCCUAUAGGGCUGGUCAUAGCUACUGUAAGAAGAGCCUAUAGGGCUGGUCAUAGCUAUUGUAAGAAGGGCUUAUAGGGCUGGUCAUAGCUACUGUAAGAAGAGCCUAUAGGGCUGGUCAUAGCUACUGUAAGAAGGGCUUAUAGGGCUGGUCAUAGCUACUGUAAGAAGGGCCUAUAGGGCUGGUCAUAGCUACUGUAAGAAGGGCCUAUAGGGCUGGUCAUAGCUACUGUAAGAAGAGCCUAUAGGGCUGGUCAUAG